UACUUGCAAUUCAAAUCGGAAGGUAUAUUUGAAGAAGUAUUAGAAGAUAUCUACGACGAAGGAAGGAAUUGUAAUUGGAAGCCAACACCUGGCAUAUUCCCAACACUAAAAGCCGGAUAUAACUUGACACCGCCAACUUCAACAAAUCCCCUGGAUAAUAGCAAUUCUCCGGAACUCUCCGCCGAUGGAGAUAAUGACCACUCGGAAUAA